AUGGCCGAAUAUUGGAAAUCAGCAAUAUUCAUUCGCGACACGCCCUUCGAAAAGAGCCAGCACGAAGCAAGCGCAAAACACCAAUCCAGCCUCAAGCGAUUCCUCCGAGACAUCCACAAGGGCAACGAAAUCCAACAGAAAGAAGCACAGCGAGCCAAAAGCGAAGUUGAGCGAUUGCGACAGACCGUCGCCGGCGGGUCCUCCGCGGCAGACAAGACCGGCGGCGAUGUCGUGUCCCAGAAACGCACUACGGUGCCGGCCCCGAAGCCUGCCGAACGAACUGCCAGCAUAGAGGACAGGAAGAAACAGAUGGCGCAGCUGGCCGAGAUGGGUAUUGCCAUCCCCCAGAAAUACCGCGCCGACAUGGCCUUGGCUGGGGACUGGCAGACCAUGUCCGAGACCAAGAUUGAAUCGCAGGACGCGGAGGACAUGAAGGCAUCUACCGAGUCGGUCGGAGUUCGCAAGCGCAAGCAUGAGGGUGGCGAUGAGGAUGUCGAGCAUGCGCUUGGGCCGCUUGUGAGCAAGGGCUGGGGGUCGACGACCAAAGUAUAUCCCGGUGCGCAGGAUGAUGCGGAUCUAGAUGCCUUGCUUGUGUCUACUAAGGAUAUCAAGAAGACCAAAACCUCUACGCCUGCAGCUGAACCCGAAGACCAGAAACAAGAACCUGUCAUCGCGGCAAAGAAAGAGGACGAGGCUGCUGGGCCCGGGGCUCCAGAGACAGAGCAAUCAACCGACGCGAAAACUGAGGAGUCUGGUGAAACCCCUGCCCCUCCGGUUGCCGAGAAGCCAGAGAUUGAUGAACCUGCGCCCGAGGUUGUUUUCAAGAAGCGCAAGCCUAAGGUCAUGAAGAAAUGA